CGGCGCUUCGACUCCCAGCCCGGCUCGUACGGCGCAGGCCCGAAGCAGCGCAGCCGCUCUGAGUGAGUGUUGUCUGGAUCAACAGUCUAGACAAGGAGGCAGGUGAUGGAGGAGCACACGGUUCAUCAAACAGAGCACAUGACCACCAUAGAGGCACACGCUGUCAGCCAACAGGUCCAGCAGGUACAUGUGGCCACCUUCACUGAGACAACCAUGAUGAGUGCUGAGGAGGAUUCCACGUCCUCCCCCGAUGACGACCCCUAUGAUGACACUGACAUCUUGAACUCGGCUGGUACGGAUGAGGUCACAGCUCACCUGGCUGCAGCAGGACCAGUGGGCAUGGCUGCUGCUGCUGCUGUGGCAACCGGUAAGAAACGCAAGAGGCCACAUAUCUUUGAAUCCAAUCCUUCCAUUCGCAAGAGGCAACAGACUCGUCUGCUAAGGAAACUAAGAGCAACGCUUGAUGAGUACACCACUAGGGUAGGCCAGCAGGCUAUAGUGCUGUGUAUCUCCCCCUCCAAACCCAACCCUGUCUUCAAGGUGUUUGGCGCCGCCCCUCUGGAGAAUGUAGUACGGAAAUACAAGAGUAUGAUGUUAGAGGACCUUGAGAAUGCCCUGGCUGAACAUGCCCCUGCUGGGGGCGAGCUGGCUUCAGAGCUGCCCCCCCUCACUAUUGAUGGCAUCCCUGUCUCUGUGGACAAGAUGACUCAGGCCCAGCUACGAGCCUUCAUCCCUGAAAUGCUGAAGUACUCAACAGGCCGAGGCAAACCGGGCUGGGGCAAGGAGAGCUGCAAGCCUAUUUGGUGGCCUGAGGACAUCCCUUGGGCCAACGUACGCAGUGACGUUCGCACAGAGGAGCAGAAACAGAGGGUGUCAUGGACACAGGCGCUACGGACCAUCGUAAAGAACUGCUACAAACAGCAUGGCCGGGAGGACUUACUUUAUGCGUUUGAAGACCAGCAAGUAACAACGGCUACCACCACCCAGCACCACCUGGCCACCACCCAGAGCAUCGCCCACCUUGUGCCCUCACAGACCGUGGUACAGACCAUCAACAACCCUGAUGGAACAGUCUCACUCAUCCAGGUAGGAACAGGGCAUACAGUUGCCACCCUCGCAGAUGCAUCAGAACUGCCUGGCGUAACGGUGGCACAGGUCAACUACUCCACUGUGACGGAUGGAGAGAUGGUGUGUCGUGCGGUACCGACGGACGUGUCGCCACAGAUUAUUGUGGAGCAGAACUGGGCCACCCUCCAAGGUGGCGAGAUGACCAUUCAAACCACUCAGGCCUCAGAGGCCACCCAGGCAGUCGCCUCCCUGGCUGAGGCCGCCGUCGCCGCCUCCCAGGAGAUUCAGCCUGGAGCCACCGUCACCAUGGCACUCAACAGUGAGGCAGCGGCCCAUGCUGUAGCGACUUUGGCAGAGGCCACUCUACAAGGCGGAGGGCAAAUCGUACUGGCAGGGGAGACGGCAGCUGCUGUUGGCGCUCUUGCUGGGGUACAGGAUGCCACAGGUAUCUCCCUCUUGUCCCCAGGCUUGGUCCAGAUUCCAGUCAGCAUGUACCAGACAGUCGUCACCAGCCUCGCCCAGGGUAACCGGCCCGUCCAGGUUGCCAUGGCACCUGUCGCAACGCGCAUCGACAACACAGUCACGCUGGACGGCCAGGCGGUGGAGGUCGUGACCCUCGAGCAAUGACGCUUACCCAUGUCUCCACACUGAGCCUGCGCCGGUGUGCAGCGGAAGUAGAAGGCACAAAAUGGCCGCCGUGGAGAUUGUUUUAUCCAGACAUCACGCUGUGUACAAUGUAAAGUAUAUUUUUUAGAUGUACAUCUGCAGGGGAAUUAACAGACUUAUCAAUGCAUCGUGUUUACUAUGUAAAGAUGUUGCUUUUUAUUUUCAAUUUAGCUUUUUUAGUUCUGUGAUGUUGACGAUUGUGUUAUGAAGAUUAGUGUUUAGUAUUUAUUUCUUUGGCAAUUAAUCUUUCUUAAAAACCAAGACGAACCAAAAAGCCCAGGAUGAUAGCCACCACUGCUUUACUCUUACAAUGUACCCAUCACUGUCCUGAAACUUUGUUUCUACGUGUCUGUGUUUAAGUGUAUGUUUUUAUAGAAUGCAUUUAUCAAGCCAGUGCCAUAACUUGAAAUCAGUUUUGUUUUUGUUUUUUUUGUUUUAAAAUUUUUUUUCACACGAUCCCGGAUCUACCUUUCACCCUUCCCUCCUCCGCCCACCUCUGAACUCUCUGGGCUUUUGAGACCACAUCCCUGCUGUGUACACAUUUCUCAGAUGAGAGAGAA